AUGCAGUGGACGCUGGAUGCGGAGAGCCAGUCGGAGUUGGACGCAUGGGUUUCUAUCUUGACAGGGGCAAUCAUCGCCCAAGGACCUACCGGUGACGAGGAAACAAAUCGUUUCGACGGCGCUCCGCUCGCACAAAACCUUGGCGAUUCGUCCGUCACCUCAUCGAACCUGGGGUCAGAUACCCCGGACGCCUCGCCCGCCUUCCGUGGCCACGUCAUAUCGCCCGGGGACUACCCCCUACAAACUGGGCAGUUCUUGUCAACCGCACCGCUGGUGGACUCGACCAACGUAGAGAUUACUGAGAUCGGCGAUGUCAUCCUUCGGGCAGGGGGUUUUCCCGCGUUCUCCGGAGAUAAGCCGCCCCUGUGGGCAUACCGCGCCACGGGUUCCACCGGGGACAAGGCCGACGGGGGGCUGGGGUGCGUCUUCGAGUCUUGGUGGCGGAGGAUGGUCAAAGGCACUGACGAAGAUGUACACCUCUAUGUAAAGAACGGGAGGUGGAGGGUUGGCCGGGGCCGGCUCUGCACGAUGGGCCAGAGCCCGAGGCCGCACGGCAGCUGGAGGGCCAACUUGCCGUGGGAUGCACAAGGGCAAGCCAUCAAGACCGCUGGACUUGAGCUUCGAGACCGCGCGCUGGUGCUGGUCACCCCCCACGGGGAAAUUUUGUGGAGCUCUGCGUUGCCCGCGUCAUCGGAGGAUAGAGGCGUAGAGGGUUGA